GGUUUUUUCCUUCCCCUCUAGGUAAUUAAAUGUCUUUACUGAGAAUCUCUGCUCUGUUGGAAUGCUUGGAUGCACAGCAGCUCUUCCCAUAACUUCCUUCCGCCUGCCCCAUUGUGAGAAGAUGGCGAAAGCAAACAUUACCAGAGACCUCAUCCACCGGCAAAUCAAGGAAAAAGGUGCAUUGGGCUUUGAGCGACAUUACCAUGUCACCGACCCCUUCAUCCGACGUUUGGGCCUAGAAGGAGAGUUACAGGGUCACGGUGGGUGCGUUAACUGCCUGGAGUGGAAUGAAAAAGGAGACUUGCUGGCCUCUGGCUCUGAUGACCAGCACACCAUUGUCUGGGAUCCACUGCAUCACAAGAAACUUCUUUCCAUGCACACAGGACAUACUGCAAACAUCUUUUCUGUCAAGUUUUUGCCGCAUUCGGGUGAUCGGAUCCUCAUUACGGGAGCUGCAGACUCCAAAGUGCACGUCCAUGACUUGACUGUCAAGGAAACCAUCCAUAUGUUUGGUGACCACACCAACAGGGUGAAGCGCAUUGCCACGGCUCCCAUGUGGCCAAAUACGUUCUGGAGUGCAGCAGAGGAUGGGUUGAUCAGGCAGUAUGAUUUGCGAGAGAACAGCAAACGCUCUGAAGUACUGAUAGACCUAACUGAAUACUGUGGGCAGCUGGUGGAGGCCAAAUGCCUCACUGUCAACCCCCAGGAUAACAAUUACCUAGCGGUGGGCGCCAGUGGGCCCUUCGUGCGGCUGUAUGACAUACGCAUGAUCCACAACCACAGAAAAAGCAUGAAGCAGAGUCCCUCGGCCGGAGUGCACACAUUCUGUGAUCGGCAGAAACCCCUCCCUGACGGUGCGGCCCAGUACUACGUAGCAGGGCAUCUUCCAGUGAAACUACCUGACUACAACAAUCGCCUGAGAGUUCUAGUAGCCACAUAUGUCACCUUCAGUCCUGAUGGCACGGAGCUGUUGGUUAACAUGGGAGGGGAGCAGGUCUACUUAUUUGACCUGACUUACAAGCAACGGCCAUACACGUUUCUCCUGCCAAAGAAGUGCCAUACUUCAGUGGAAGUGCAGAAUGGCAAAACAUCAACCAACGGAGUGUCAAACGGCAUCCAUCUCCACAGCAAUGGGUUCCGGCUGUCUGAGGGACGAGCCCAUGUCAGCCCUCAGGUGGAGCUGCCUCCAUAUCUGGAAAGGAUUAAGCAGCAAGCAAAUGAGGCCUUUGCCUGCCAGCAGUGGACUCAAGCCAUCCAGCUGUACAGCAAAGCUGUUCAGAAGGCACCCAACAAUGCCAUGCUGUAUGGGAACAGAGCUGCAGCCUACAUGAAGCGCAAGUGGGAUGGUGACCAUUACGACGCUUUAAGAGACUGCUUGAAGGCUAUCUCCCUGAACCCCUGCCACCUGAAGGCCCACUUCCGUCUCGCCCGCUGCCUUUUCGAACUGAAGUAUGUGGCAGAAGCACUGGAGUGUCUGGAUGACUUUAAAGGGAAGUUCCCGGAACAGGCGCAUAGCAGCGCUUGUGAUGCCCUUGACCGAGACAUCAACGCAGCCCUCUUCUCUAAAAGCGAUAACGCUGAAGACAAGAAAGGGAGCGGCCCAAUCCGGCUGCGAGCAACUGGCCGCAAAGAUUCCAUUUCGGAAGAUGAGAUGGUGCUGAGGGAGCGCAGCUACGACUAUAAAUACCGGUACUGCGGCCACUGCAACACCACUACGGAUAUCAAAGAGGCCAACUUCUUUGGCAGCAAUGCGCAGUACAUCGUCAGUGGCUCGGACGAUGGCUCCUUCUUCAUCUGGGAGAAAGACACUACCAACCUUGUGCGAGUGCUGCAAGGGGAUGAGUCGAUUGUGAACUGCCUGCAGCCUCACCCAAGCUACUGCUUCUUGGCAACCAGUGGCAUCGAUCCAGUCGUGCGGCUUUGGAAUCCCAGGCCAGAGAGCGAAACCCUCAAUGGCCGUGUGGUGGAAGACAUGGAAGGUGCCUCCCAGGCUAACCAGAGACGAAUGAAUGCAGAUCCCUUGGAGGUGAUGUUGCUGAACAUGGGCUACCGGAUCACAGGACUGACUAGUAGCGGGACUGGAGGCUCAGACGAUGAAGACAGCUCGGAGGGGCAAGUCCAGUGCCGGCCCAGCUAAAACAGACCUGCCUCUCCUUCCUCUAAUUGCUUUGUUGAACGGGAACCCCGUUUCCUUGGUUCUGAACUUUCUCUGAUGAACGGCUGCACUGUUUCACACUAUGCACAGAGUAGGACAAGCUGGCAGGGGCAGGAGUGGCUUUCUUGUUAAAUUACCACCACCACCACCACCUCUCCCCGCUCCCCCCUGUCACACUACUGAGCAGCAUGGCAAAGCAGUCUGGGUUCGCCUGUAGUGGAAUUUAGUCCCUGUAAGGAUGUUUUGAGUUGUCUGUGAGCAGUGUAAGCUGGUGACCUUCUCUGACGCUGCUGUAUGGCUUGGCGGAAGGGGCAUCGUCUCCGUUCGUGCAUUUGCAGAGGGGAUGUUAAACUGCUAAAUAAAACGUAAACCUAGGGCAGGGAUUACAGAAUGAUUUUACCGCAGCGAUCUUGGUUUCUGAUGCUUGGCUUAGCUGCUCUGCCGCCAGCUUGGCUCCUGGCCCUAGGUUCAGGGCUGGUGAUCAUAGAAAGUCCAUCUGGCCCACCGAACACCUCGAGGGGGCUUUUCUCUGGCCACUGGCUCUAACAUGGUUGCUGAAGGUGACUAUAUUGGUUAGGGUUUGGCUACCACCUGUCUGUCUUUUGGGCAUCUCCUUUAGCUGAUGCAUAAAUGGAGACACUGAAUACAUGCAGUUGAAUGGAGGAGGAACCUCUUUCCCAGCACAAGUAUUGAUUUCCUCUGUGACUUGUGACCCCAUGAAGAAAGAUGGUGGUAAAAAAGGAGAUGGGGCGUGAGGUUUUGAGGCUGGGAUAACUGGCGUGACUGAAGCUACCAAGGGAAAGUGGCUGAUAACGGCACUUCCAUCUCUUCCACCCAAGCUGCUGCUAGCCCUGUUUUACCUUCCCCUCUCCUAGCCCCCUUCUUGCCCUACAAUUGUGUGUGGCUGCCAUGCACCCAUCCCAGCUGGUAUUUGAGCUUUUAGAGGCUGGCAUUUUUAGUGCAGUUGACUGCUCUGGAUCUCAUCAGCUGAGGUGAUCUUUCCUGAUGGAUGUGACCUCCCUCCUGUACAAGCAGUGGAGGAAGUCCUUGCAGUGGGUCAAUGGUCCUCUCAGGAACUGCUCUUCUUUCUCCUUACCCAUGCUGGCUUCAAAGCCAGGACCACAACUUUUUUUUUUUUUUUUUAAAUGCAGCCCUGUACUUCCACUCUUCCCAAGUAACUUGCAGCCUGUUUUCUCCUCUCACACUUGCCAAGCAUUAAAUAUAUCAAGUAGA